AUGCCUACAUUACUUAUCGCCGCAGCCAGCGCGGCUCUGCUGGCUGCUCUCGUCACAGAAUUGUCUCAACGUUUCUGGUCCGACAGCUACAUCGCUCUGCUUGUCAUUACUUUUAUCGCGUUAUUGAUCAACGGCUUGUUCAACGCGCGACUGCGCCAGAACGCCAGUCAAUCAACAUCCGCCCGAGCGCAACCCCAACGCCAGAAUGAGCGCAAAAAACCCACCAAUGACAGGGAUAAGCGUAGCGCCAGCGAGCGGCCGUCCGGUGAACGUAAAAAACCCGCACGUGACCCCAAGCCACAGCGCAACGACAGCAAUCGACAGGCUAACCGCGGUGAUCGCGAUAGCGGCGAACCUGCCCGGGAAGUCAGCCAGGCCACAGGGCCGGUGGAAAACGGCACGGUUAAGUGGUUCAACCGUUCCAAGGGAUACGGUUUUAUCGUUCGCGAGAAUGGCGAGGAAAUCUUCGUGCACCAGCGCUCAAUUGCCAGCGAUGGUGAUCGCAAUCAACGUCCUGUACUGAAUGACGGCCAGCAAGCCGCCUUCAACACUCUGGGGCUGGUCGGGCCUGCACUGGUGCAGACUUCCAGCAGACCGGAGUUGGGCGAUUAUCAGGCCAACGGGGUGAUGGCGGCAGCCAAGCGAGCGCAGCGUAAUCCGCGCGAAGUGGCUGCUGAGGUUAUUGAAGUCCUGGAUCUGAAAGGUAUUGCCAGCACUGUCGAUAUCGCCGGUCCCGGUUUUCUCAACAUUACCCUGGCCGCAGAUUUUCUUGCCGGUGUUACCGCCGGCGAAAUCACAGCCAGCCCGGCGCCACAGCGGGUUGUUGUUGAUUACUCUGCCCCGAACCUGGCCAAAGAAAUGCAUGUCGGUCACUUGCGCUCAACCAUCAUCGGCGAUUGUAUCGUUCGCGUGCUGGAAGCUCAGGGCCACACCGUUUUACGACAGAAUCACGUUGGCGAUUGGGGUACCCAGUUCGGCAUGUUGCUGACCUACCUGCAGGACACAGGCGCAAAUUCUGAUUCCCUGGCCUACCUCGAAGACUUCUACCGCGCAGCAAAAACGCGUUUCGAUGAAGAUGAGGAUUUUCAACAACGCGCGCGCCAGGCUGUGGUGGACCUGCAGGCAGGCGAUGCCCACGCGUUGGACAUGUGGCAGCAUUUCAUCACCGUAUCCAUGUCUCACUGUCAGGAAAUUUACGACCGGCUCGACGUGACGCUCAACCCGACUCACAUCCAGGGUGAAAGUGCGUACAACGAUGCGCUGCCCGGCAUCAUCCAACAGCUUAAUGACAAAGGCCUUUUGACGCAGUCCGAAGGUGCGCAGUGUGUGUUCCUGGAGGAAUUCAAAACCAAGAAAGGCGAGACCCUGCCGGUUAUCGUGCAGAAAACCGAUGGUGGAUACCUCUACGCCACCACCGACCUGGCAGCGAUCGCGUAUCGUAACAAAGAACUCAACGCAGAGCGGGUGCUGUAUUUCACCGACGCACGCCAGGCACUACACUUCAAACAGAUAUUUGCCGUUGCCCGGGCGGCUGGAUUUGCCGAUUCGAGUAUCAGCCUGGAACACAUGCCGUUUGGCGCCAUGCUGGGCGACGAUGGCAAACCGUUUAAAACCCGCGCGGGCACCGUGGUGAAGCUGGCUGAAUUACUCGACGAGGCAGAACUACGCGCCACCCGACUGGUAAGCAGCAAAAACCCUGACCUUGACGACAAAACCGCGGCGGAGCUGGGUCAUGUCAUUGGCAUAGGUGCAGUGAAAUAUGCUGACCUGUCGAAAAAUCGUACCAGUGACUACGUGUUCAACUGGGAACAGAUGAUCAGUUUCGAAGGCAACACUUCACCUUAUCUGCAAUAUGCCUAUACCCGCAUUGCCAGCAUCUUUGCCAAGGGUCAGAUUGAUCUCAGCACCCUGCCCAUGCAGGCAAUCGCGGUUGAAGAACCGGAGCGGCGGCUGGCGGUAAUGAUUGCGAGUUUCAACGAUACCCUCGAUGCCGUGGCAAGCGAAGGCAUGCCACAUCUGUUGUGUGGUUAUCUGUAUGAACUGGCAACGCGUUUCACCAGCUUCUACGAAGCCUGCCCGAUUCUUACCAGCAGUGCUGAUGUACGCGAACGACGCCUGGUGCUGGCAAAACAGACCGCCGACACGCUGCGGAACGGCCUUGAUCUGCUGGGUAUUGGUGUUGUCGAACAGAUGUGA